GUUGUGAAGGUCGAAAAUGCUUUCGGUUCUGAUGUUUGUGGACGGGAUUUGUUUGUAUUAUCGGUUUGAGUCGUCAAGGCUCGUACAGUGAUUGUUGCUUCGUACUGUUAACAGUUCAAAGAAGUUAUAUGUUGAGGUUGCUCUAUUACAUUUACCCCUUGGGUUGCGGAAUCUCGGAUCAUAAAUAAUGGACGUCCGACUGAAGUGACUUCAUCCUGUUAUUUAUGGAUAUUGACAACGAUAUCAACCAAGUUUUGCCAGCUGGAAAACUAGCUAGAGAACCAGAUCGUCCAACUCAUAUAUGUACUUCCAUUCUGCAAAACCCUUCUUCCAAUUCAUCCAAAACAGUACCAUUUUUCCCACGUGUAUUGCUUAGCGUUCAGCAACCUCUGUCUAGUCUGAUAAAUCAAACAAUAAUACAACCUACUGCUCUCACCACUGCAUCUGGUGCCAAUACGCCUCUACCACAUGCUUCUAGUUUACAUAUGUCGGCUACAUCAGUUUCAUCUCCCAUUAAUUCUACCAAUCAGUUCUUCCCUUUGAUAUUGGCUGCCGCAUCUACAUUGCCUCCGUCAACAUCAAGUGCACCGACACCACUACAACUUCACUUGGGGAACUAUUCAGGAAGCUCUAGUGUUGCAUCAGCAUCAAGUCAAAGUAUCUUUUUACACCCAAGUGUCACAACUACUGCAUCUUGUUUGUCCGUACCGAAUGUUUUAAACAGUCCAUCACGGCUAGGUACAUCUGGUGUUACGACAGCUUCCACCCCACUAGUUGCUUCGUUAAUCAAUAAAAACUGUUCCACAUCGCCGUCAGUAGCUUCUGUUGUCAUAUCUCCACAGGCUCCAAACCAUAUACAACCAACACUUGCUUUAAGAUUCGCAACCCAUACGUCAACCCAAUGUAGCGCUAUGGUUACAACUGCAACAGUGAAUUCAAGUGCCUGCCCACUAGUGUUUGAAACUCCUACAACAAAUGUUACGUUGCCACUCCAGUCUCAAAGAUCACAUUGUGUAACUGCCAUAAAUUUCCCUGCGCCGACUUCUGUAUCUGGAAGUUUGCUCAUGAGUUCUACUCUCUGCUCAACUCCACGCGUACUUAUUCACAAACCUCAAAGCCUUUCAAACCCACCAUCUUUGAUAGAGAAUCCAACAACUUCAAUUACUACUGUAUCUCCCAGUAAGAUGAGUACAUCCGAUUCCAGUUUCACCAAUUUAUCGAAUCCCGCUAUCAUUUUCCAUGAUCAAGUAAAUACACAGUCUCCACAAACAUCAAAAACUAAAUUGGUUAAUUUUACCACACCGCUAUCUGCUACUGUUCGUUUGAUUACACCUCCAUCUACGGUUUGCACGACUACUAAAUCCACAUGCACUGUAUCCACUUCUGGAAAUAGUGCUUUAGCUUUCCCGACAUCCUUAUCUCAGACUGUAGCACUUUCAACUCGGCCAUCUAUAGCAAAUACAGGUAGUGUAUGGUCAGGGUUGACAGUGAAUCCUAAUGUUUCGUUCAUGUCUCCUUCCAGUGGUAAUGUUGUUGCCAUUCAGUCUUCACAAUCCUUGAUUGUUCAAGCUCAAUCUGACUUACCUGUUCAGUCAACUAUAGCAACUUCUUCAUCUUUAAAUCCAAGUUUGAUGAUGUCUCUUCGAAGUUUUUCUGGAAGUUCAUCAAAUACAGGUCCAUCUUUACCCUUGAGUGCAGCUAAUCAUACAGUGCUGGCCUUCAACUUGGCAAAUUCAAAUGUUCAUAGUACUCCUACAACAUGUACAAGCGUUACAGGAAUGCUUACAAAUCCUGUCCGGCAAAUAAAUUCUUCCAGUCCUGCUUCUCCACUAAUUGUUCGUGCUAGUGGACCUUCAGCAGUUGGAUAUGUACCAAAUACUAGUACGGUUAUGGGUCCUACAUCGCUUUUAAAACCAUUCAACUUAAGCGGAAACACGGGAUUAUCUGCUACCUCGUCCAGCACAUCUGUGGUACCGCAUAUUUUACCGGUCAAUAUUGCUCCAGCCAAAUUAACUCCUUUACAACCAUCAAUAUCUGCUUCAACUUCUUCAAUAUCUCAUACCCGUUCAAAUUUUUCUCAGAAUAACUCUGUUUGCAUUAGUUCUCAUCGCCUCCCGACUUCAUCUAUUUUUUCUCAGCCCAGUCGAAAGAGAGCACGUAAGCAGCAACUCGCUUCAUCUUUCUCAUCUGUAAUGAUUACUCCAGUUUCGGUUGUCUCGUCGACUACAUCAACUGCUGUCAGUAUGAGUAGUCUAGUAAAUCCUUCCAGUUUAAAUUCUGUAGUGUCUGGAUGUCGCAGCGUUUUACCAUCAACACCUACCCUGGUUGCCAUGGCUAAACCAACUAUCCAACCACAUCAGUUUGCACAACCUGUGUACAGUUGUCAAGUGACACAUUCACCACAGAUCUCAGGAAGUUCUACUAAAUCAGGUCCUGUAUCAGUGGAUUCUGUUUAUCGGAAUACAUCAGCAACCAUUUCCGUCAGCUGUGCAACUAACGUCAGUCCAUCCAACAGCGGACUUAUGGGUAUACGUUUAGUGUCGGUACGUUCUACCCCAACUACUUCUGUUCCCAAUAACAGUUCUAUUUUACUAAAUACUACCUGUUUUCAGUCAUCUACUGGGAGUCUUGGGACCCGUGGGAGUACAGGUGAUAAUUCAGUGAUUAUGGUCACAUCUCCAUCACAGAUCGUAUCUUCUGGUGGACACCUUCGUAUCACCAAUUCACAUUGCUCACAGUCUUCGGAUAUUCAUCAAACACAGGCCGCUGCGGUGUAUGUUUUAACCACCUCUGUUUAUCCGAUUCUAAGCACUACUACUGUUACUUCGUCGAACUCUAAUUCAGGAAGUGAGUCAACAUGUUCUGCUUCCAGUAUCAUCAGUCCAGUUGUAGUUUCUGGAUCAACAAACGGUGUUCUUCAGGUACGAUUUAGAUCUCCACAACCAAAUAUUAGUCCUACUGUCAUGGCUGAAAACCAAGAAUCUAAAAGUUUGCAAGUUGUUAAUCAUAAUAUUCUUUCAACUAGCCUACAUUCAAUAUCCGAUGUUUCUAAGUCAGUUUCCGAAGAUUCAAAGUUUAUUAAUCCGACUAGUAAACCACUCCGAUGUGCUUCUGAAUCGAAUCCUCUUUUACAUCACCUAGUUUCAUCCUUGAAACAAUCUCAAAAUGAAUCAACGGCUGAUGCUAGCCAUAUGAAUAAUACAGAUCUGAAGAAGUCUGAUUCAAUUUCAACCCAUUCUGAGUUAUCUCUUUCAAAUUCAUGGUCACAUAAUAACAUAGAUGAUUCAAAACAAAUUAAUGUUGGGAGCUACUUGAAUUCAAAUGAAAAACACACUUGCUUUUAUCCUACUACCAGCAGAGAUAAUUCUGACCUUAACAAUGACUUCACUGAUUGUGAUAGUAAAAUUUUAAACGAAAAACAGUUGACCGUACCUAUUCACAAUAUACCACGUAAGAAAAUUAAAGGUGAACAGGAACCAAAUGAAUGUCAAAAGGCUGAUGAGAUUACCAUUAAAAGUGAUCUUCACAAUAGCAAUAAACUAUCAAAAGCUGGUAUAUUAUGGACUGUAGACCCUGUUGAUGGUCGUGAAUGGAUACUUAAUGGAAGACCUACAAGGCCUUUAAUCAAUCCAAAGUGCGGAUUGUCAAAUAGUAGGUUGAGUGUUCCUUGUCGUUCUAAGAGCUCUCACUUUCUCAGUCUUUCUGAAAUAUGCACAAGACCACAACACAAGUCUGCCAAUCCUGAUGAUUCUUCACGACGUGGUGUGCAGAAUACUCGCCGCAGACGUCGUUCUUUGGUUACUGGCACGAAUAUGUCACACUCCGAAUCUGACAUUCAGAGUAAAGGAGAGAGAGAUAUGAAUAGUUUAAAUUCUAAUUCUGAGUCAAAUGAAGCGAAACGUUUAGUGCAAGAUAUUUUAGCGGUACGCGCUGAGCAAGAAGAUUCUGGUUUUGUUAGAUUUCCUUUGACCACUACAUCAGUGCUGGAUAUUACAGGUUGGCGUGUUCUUCGUUGUGCUGACAAUUUGGAUUUAUUGGCAUACACAGAGUUGCAAACACUAGAAACCAUAAAGAAUAUGGAGACCGAUUUAACUGACCAGCUACAUUGCAUUUCUACUCAGAGUGUUACUUCAUCACUUCUUAGUGUAUCUCAAGGUGUUAGUGAAACAGCAAAAUCUAUAGAGUCUGGAUUAAAAUCAGAUGAAUCCGAGAUGGCUAGUCAGUUUAAUGUAGCUAUUGAAUUGAUCAAAGGGAUUUCUCAACGUAAAAAAUACCUAUUGGACUCUAUUCAGAGGAUAAGUUCGGUCACCAAAAAUUUAGUACAUCAUUUCAGUCCUGGAAUUCAUAAUCUAAUUGAAGAGCUAGAAGAUAGUCCCAACAGCUCUAGUAAAUCAUUGUCUCCAUCAUCAUCGAAAACCAAUUUGGAUUCCAACACUUUAUCUACUCCAAUUACCUUACGAAGAUCCUCACGAAGGUAUCCGACCCAUAAUCCCAUAGUCCGACAAGUUCGACGUCGAAAUAACGUUGCAAUCACUAGAGGCUCGAAAUCACUAACUUCCCUAAUUAAAAAUUCACCAAACAACUGUCCAGGAACGAGUUCUCAAGGAAAUAUAUGUAAUGGUGGAACCAGUAACUAUUCCGUAAUUCGGUAGUUAUGAAUUUCCAGAUAUAUAUUUCAAACACCAAUAUCCAUUGAUAAAUAAAGUUGUACAGUGUUGUGUAUCAUUAUUUUUUUACAGUCAGUCACUGGAAUAUCACAAGAGAUUGAAAAUCUGAAGCUAACACUUAAUAAGAUAAAUACCUGCCUUGUAGAAGAAAAUGAUCAAUUAAAGUGUUCUGAUUUAUUAAAUCUAAAAAAAGACUUGGAAGAGUUGAUUGAAUUGAAAGAAAAUGAGCUUUUGAAUAGUAGAAAAGCACAACUUUUAGCUGAAAUUGGAUCUAUACUUACUGAUAAUCAAGAGAAAGACGAUGAAUUACAAGGAACGUCACUUCAGACAGAUUCAUCGACAAUUAAUGAAGAGUCUUUAGUCGGACAACGUUGCAGUGUUCCUGGAUGGACUUCAUCUGGGAAAUUUAUUCGACAAAAUGCGCUAAUCCUUUCAGUUGUGGAUCAUGAUGGAGACAGCCCAGAUCGAGUACGAGUACUAUUGGCUCAUCCAACACGUCUUAAUGAAAUACCUUGUGAAAGAUUUUUUGAGACUGGAACCUGUCAUCGGGGUAUACGUUGUACUCGCUCUCAUGGAAAGAUUUUCAACAUUGAAGAUAUUGGAGAAUGGUAUGAACCAGACACAGAAAAAUAUCUACAUGAAGGUCAACCAUGUCUAGCUAAUGAUCGUAAAAAUGAUCACAAUUCUUUAUGGCAUUAUGCAAGGCUUCUUCAAACGGAUUUUGAAUCAGGCACUUGUGUUGUUGAAUGGGGUCAUGAUAAAAGCCAACCUGACAAGAAUUCAGUGAAGCGUCAAUCGUACGGAAACUUGGAGGAUAAAGUAACUAGUUUGCCACUAGAAUGUAUCCAUAUAUUAGAAAAUGAUGAUGAUAUUGACUCUGAUGUUUCUGUAGUUAGUGAUAUUUCAUCAUCAACUACUAAUUCGGAAGAUUCCAGUGAUUAUUUGGAUCUUACUACUUCGUAUACUCGGCCUUCCAUCGAACUGAUCAGUAGUGGACAGACGACUGAAUCGCAAUCAUGUUCGCAGUAUGAUAAACGUCGUUUACGGGUUCAAUUUGUCUUCGGUAAUACGCUUUUACCGGACCAGCGACCAAAUUUAGACACCGAUAAGGAAUAUCCCAAUGUUAAUAAAGAAGACAAACAGAGUUCCAUUGGUGACUGGGAAGCACAUACUCGAGGAAUAGGCUCUCGUUUAUUAGCAAGUAUGGGUUAUCCAGGUUACGGUGGACUUGGUCGCUGUCACCAAGGUCGUCAAUCUCCUGUAUGCACUAACCUUGAAAAGUAUCAAGUGCAUAAUGUCAAGUGGAAUCAUAGACCUUCACUAGACAAUGUUGUGUUAUCUCGAAAACGUGUGAAACAUAUUAAAUGCCGUGAUAAAACAAUAGAAAUGUCAAGUAAAACAUCAAAAAACCAUGUUUCUCAUAGUGGAAGCGUUUUUAAGCUAAUUAAUAUGGCAUUAUCAUCGACAUCCAGUAACAGUGAUCAAAAUCCAAAACACCCUAAUAGUAAUAACAAUCAUAAUACAAAGAAUACCGUAACAUCUCAGAAUUCUCUUACAAAUUGUAAUGAAAGUAUUCUGAAACGUAAACUAUUUCAUACACAUGAACAAAUCAAUCGAUUACAUAAUCAAAUUUCUAAAGCUCAAGAUUCAAUGAGAAGAAAUGAAGGACGAGAUCGUUUAGCAGUUAAACAAGCACAACAACGAGUUAAUGAUUUACAAUCACAAUUGAUACAAUUAAAAGAGAAUGAACGAACUAUUGUAAAUAUGCAAAAUAAACAAAUGAAAGAGAAAAAACUACGUAUUUUCUAAUUUUAUUCAAUUCUAAUAAAAUAACUAAUAUUAUAAACAUAUACGACAAUGUAAAUAGAUUAUCAUUAAUGUAUAAUAACAGUAUUUACUUGAA